UGCCUAGCAGCGCAGAGACUGCGGUAGGCGGAUCGCGGGGAGGCCACGUCCUCCUGGCCAGCCCCAGUGGUUGUGAGUAAACAUGGCUGCUGCCGGGAGAAAGACGAGGCGAGCUGGGGUAGGAGAGACGCCGUCGUUACCGUCUUUGGGCCGGACGUCUCUCUUCCUUUUGUUCGUGGCCCUGCCGGUCCGGGGCCAAGGUGAGAACGAUACACGUGAUGCAAGCUUGAAUAUGAAUUCUAUCAAAUUAAUGCCGACUGAAACUCACAGUAUAGCACCUGUUAUUGCAGCAGCCAGUCAAAACAUUGUGAAGAGUACAACAAAAGAAACCAUGUCUCCACCAUCUGUGAAAACUGGCACCCCUGUAGCACCUGGGCCAACUAUAGCAAAAGAGAAGCCAUCCACAUCACCUGUGCCACUUUCUGUGACUCCCAGUCCUAAUACAGAAAUGAUUGUUGAUAUUUCAGAAGACACAAAUAUUAAUAGAGAUGACAUUACAGACAAAUAUGAAUUUGCUAGUUCGCUACCAACACCAGAUGAACCUAUAGAUACUAGUUUUCCAGAGGAUGAUGACCAGUUUGAUUCUCAAGGGGAUGAUCAAGAUGACCAAAGCAUUCCUGAAUUUGCAGAAGAUUUGACAAGUAUGCACAGCUAUGAAAACAGGAAAUCAUUUGCUGAUGAGAUGAAGGACUCUCAAGUCUCAGAACUGGAAGAAGAUAGCCAUUUCUUUUUUCAUCUGGUUAUUGUUGCCUUUUUGGUAGCUGUUGUUUACAUCACAUAUCACAAUAAAAGAAAGAUCAUUUUGCUAGUUCAGAGCAGAAGAUGGCGAGAUGGGCUUUGUUCCAGAACAGUUGGAUAUCAUCGUUUAGAUCAAAAUGUUAAUGAAGCUAUGCCUUCAUUAAAAAUUACCAAUGAUUACAUUUUUUAAAUGUGUUGUGAUCCCAGUUUACUGAACUUGUGGUUUACUCUGCCUUGUUUUUUAUAUAAUGUGCAGGCAUUUGCUCUAAGCCAUGGGCAUAUGCACAUUCUUCUUGCCUUGCAGGUUUUAGCCUUAAAAUGAGGGCAUGAAAGAUUAAUAUUGACUUAUGGUGACAGCCAUACCCCAGCUUCACUGCACAUAGUGGCAUUUUUACUCACUUUAUCUUCUGGCUGAAACAGUAGUCCUAGUUUAGAACAUAGCCUCAUAAUGCUCAUUACUCAACAUCUUAGUGAUAAAUAUCACCAAUGAAUCAUACAAAAACAGUGGUUUCCAACCUUGGGUAUCCCAAGUGUUCUUGGAGUGCAAUUCCCACAAGUCUUCACCACUAGCUGUGCUUAUAGGGGUUUCUCGGAGUUGCAGUCCAAGAACACCAGGGUUUCCUAAUGUUGGAAACCACUGUACUGAAAGAAACUUCUGGUAAUUCCCUAUUUCAAUCAUGUAUCCUAUUUGUUUCAUAAAUACAAAGGUGGAAUAAAAUUAGGUUCCUUCUAGACACAUUACUUGUAUAUCUAAUCAUUUUUGUAUUUUUUUUCUGUUGCAUUUGCAUAGAGAAACAUUUUAAGAAAUAUUUUUUAUGUAUUAUUGAUGAGUUUGGCUUGCAUGAUUCAUGAAUACGUGCUGGUGAUACUGAGCCAAACAUUUCUCCAUUGUGUUUUUUUUUGGGGGGGGGGGAUAUUUGCUUUUAAAAAACAAGAAUUAAAAUAAAAUGUUUUCAGGCUAGACACUCAAUUGCACAAAAAGACCAGUAAAACAUUCUCAUCUGUGCUGCUUUGAUAUUUUAAGUAGGGCUUGCCAAGGUAUUAUUUGCAAUUUUGUUAUUACAAACAUGGAAAGGAUGCAGAUUUUAGAGACAUUUGGAUCCAGGAGUGUGGGUUCUCCAAUGGGAAAGAUGCUUGCUUGUAGAAUGGACUCCCUUCCCCAUAAUGCACCCCCUCCAAUUACUCUGGAGGCUUGGCACAGCAGGAAAAAGGUAGUUUGCUUGCCUAGUAUUGGUUGUUGGCCUGAGUUAAUGACAGUAUUGGUCACACUUAGCUGCAAUUAUAAGAAUGACAUCCUGAGGUGGCCCUUAUUCAGAAAACAUGGCACCAUUUUGUUUCAUUUUGAAGAAGAAAAAAUCAGCAGGUUGUAUUUUUAAAAACUGUACAUUUUGUUAUUUAUCUUCAUUUCCACAAAUUGUAACGUAUAUAAAUCAGUGGUUUUACUUGAAUGUACAUCCUGUUGUUGAGUGGUGUUUUUCUCUGGGUGGAGGAACAUGUAAAUAAUGAAGUGUAGCUAAUGAAUUUAUUUUUAAGUAUUGAAAUAUUCUGAAAAACUCCCAAACCUCUAACAUGAGAAGAGUUGUGGUGGGCAUGAUCCUAUUUUAAUAGAUAGAUCAACUGAGCUGCUAUAUUCCUUCAUUUUGUACUCCUAAACAUAAGAAAAUGCAGCACAAACAAUAAACUCCAGGACUGUUUUCUGCAGUGGUUUUUAUCAUAUUUGAUCUUGUACCACUUUUAAUAAGACUUUUGAAAUAAACUCCCAACAAUAUAAUUCUUUAGUA